AUGUCGACGACAGAGGAGAAGCCCGAGGGCGUGGCCUGCCAGCCGGUGGAGGCUCCCAAAGCAGAGGAUUCCAAACCGGAACAGGAGCAGCUGCCGCCGCUGUCUGAUCACGAGUUCAGGGUGUAUAACCGCCUGGCUGAAAAGAUGGAUUAUUUUCACGACCACUUCCGCCGCUCGUGGAACCUCCUCUGGGGCGCAUGCACAUCGGGCCGGCGGCCACAGGGCAUGUCGCUCAAGCAGUUCAUCGGCGAGGGCGUGCAGUUCGCGGAGCACCUGACGGCGCACCACGGCAUCGAGGAGACCUACGUGUUCCCGCACCUGGCCAAGAAGAUGCCCGAGUUCAAGAGCGGCCGCGGCAACGGCGCCGCCGAGCUGCUGCGCCAGCACCGCGAGAUCCACGCCGGGCUCGACGCCUUCGAGGAGUACCUGCGCCAGUGCCGCACGGGCGAGGCCGACUUCGCCCUGGACACGCUGCGCGCCAAGAUGGAGAGCUGGGGCGAGGUGCUGUGGACGCAUCUGGACCAGGAGGUCAAGACGCUGGGCGCGGAGAACAUGCGUCGGUAUUGGACCGUGGAGGAGAUGAGGCGGUUGCCCAUGUGA